UUGUAGAGAAGGGACCAACAUUGUGAUCCUCUUGUAACAUUUAACAUUACAGAGAGCAACAGAAUUACUAGGUGAAUUGAUCAUAAAUAAAACGCAGCCAUUUAUAAUGCUGGUGCUGCUAUUUUAUUUAAAUGGAGUUCAGUGAGACUGCAGCUCUAGUCCUGAGAGGGGAGGUGCAUUGUGUGUUAACUUUGCUGAGCACGUCACGUGACCUUAGAGGCUGCUUCUGCUACAGCUUCUCCUUUAAAUCUGAAGGCAGCAGUGUUCUCUGUAAUUUCAGUGCAAGACAGGAGGAGAGAGAGCUCCACACACGGGGAAAAGAGACAGAAAAAAAGGAUUUAUUUAACCAAGUCUUGUUCUGACCAGAGGAAUUUGAUCUUUUUUUAUAUAUACAAUUACACUGAGCUUGCAACAAACUCCAGAAUAAAUCAUGGCUGGGGCAAUUAUUGAAAACAUGAGCACCAAAAAGCUGUGCAUAGUUGGGAUUAUUUUGCUUAUUUUCCAAGUGCUGUCUUUUCUUGUUGGAGGUUUGAUCGCUCCAAAGCCAACUUCGACUGUCCAUUCCAUAGCAAUAAAAUGCAUUGAUCGAGCGAAAGGUCAGACAUCCAAGUGGUUUUUGCCAUGGGGGAGAAGCCAGUGUGAAAAUGUACAGUCGUUUGAUGAAGCAACACAAAGGCACAUAGAAGCCAACAAUAUUGUGUUUGCUGUGCACAUUCCAUUUGACAGACAGGAGAUGAGUCCCUGGUUCCAGUUCAUACUGAUUGUAAUGCAGCUGGACAUUGCUUACAAUAUAAAAAAUGACAAACAGGAAAAUGCAAUGGUUACUUUUGAUGUUGCUAUGGGAUACCGUGAUGACCCACACGAGGAGUGGAAAGAUUUAGCGAGAUCUAUGGAACAAAGAAAACUUAAAUGCACAUUUCCAGUCACAAAGACGCAAGACAAUGAAGGGCGCUUUUAUGACUGCGAUGUUGUUCCGCUUUUAGAGCUAGGAAGUGUGGCGCAUAAAUACUACCUCCUUAAUAUCAGACUCCCUGUGCAUGAUCAGAAGAAUAUCAAUAGAGGUAUCGGAGAUAUAAGGGACCUGCAUGUUGUGACUAUUUUCCAGAAUGGCGGUUUUACGAAGGUUUGGUUUGCUAUGAAAACAUUCCUGACUCCAAGUAUCCUGAUCAUUAUGAUUUGGUACUGGAGGAGAAUAACAAUAAUGACCCGCUCCCCUGUUCUUCUGGAAAAAGUCAUUUUUGCUUUGGGCAUCUCAAUGACUUUUAUUAAUAUUCCUGUUGAGUGGUUUUCCAUUGGGUUUAACUGGACCUGGAUGUUAUUGUUCGGAGAUAUCCGGCAAGGUAUCUUCUAUGCAAUGCUGCUAUCGUUUUGGAUCAUCUUCUGUGGAGAACACAUGAUGGAUCAAACUGAUAGAAAUCGCAUCUCUGUCUACUGGAAGCAAGUUGGUCCCAUUGCCUUUGGGUCUUGUUGCCUCUUUAUAUUUGAUAUGUGUGAAAGGGGCGUACAACUAAAGAAUCCAUUCUUUAGCAUCUGGACGACAGAUGUUGGAGCUGAUCUUGCCAUGGCUUUUAUUAUUGUGGCUGGAAUUUGUGCCUGUCUGUAUUUCCUGUUUCUGUGUUUUAUGGUAUUUCAAGUCUUCAGAAACAUAAGUGGCAAACAGUCGUCAAUACCAGCAAUGACCAAGGCGCGCAGACUUCAUUAUCAGGGAUUGAUAUUUCGGUUCAAGUUUUUGAUGAUCAUUACAUUGGCUUGUGCAGCAUUAACAGUUAUUUUUUUCAUUACAACUCAAGUGUCUGAUUUUCAGAUUUCUGAAGGUAACUGGAAAAUAGGUGACUAUCCUAUUGAACUGAAUAGCGCCUUCUUUACUGGGGUCUACGGAAUGUGGAAUCUUUACGUCUUCGCCCUUAUGUUUCUGUACGCUCCUUCACACAAGAAUUACGGUGACGAAUCUUCAAAUGGUGGAACUGGAGCUAGCAGUACAGAGGAACUUCAGCUCACAACUACAAUUACUCACGCGGACGGACCAACGGAAGUUUACCGGCUCGCUGGAAAGGAAGCUCAAGAGUAGCGCAGACUUUUAUUGUGGGACAAAAUUUAGACAUUCUAGUUUAUAUAUCCCACUAUGUUACAAAUAGCCUUCAUUAAAAUAUGGUAUUUAUAGCUCUAUUUCUCUUUGUUAGAGGAGUGGCAUGGCAAUUAUUUGUAUUGUAACUAUACAUAUAUAUAGUUUGUGGAAGAGUUGUUUUUCACACCAAUGGAAAAAAUACAAUUAUUUUCACAGCUGCUCAAUGAAAAUAAACAUUAGUAUGUACAGUAGAACCAAUUUUAUUGGAAUAUAUUAGACACUGACACACAAACUGCCUUUUUGUUAAAAGCAAUAUUCAAUUAGCAAUAAACAUUUUUUUGUAUUUA